UUCAUAGAUAUUGUAUCUUGAAUAAAGAAGCAAACACGCUGCGAGCCGAAAGAGUAUGGCGUGUUCGAGUGUUCCCAUCCCUGGGGCAGGCGCCAGCUGAGCCGCACACGCUGACCGGUACCAUGGUGGACCAGGCUCAGCACCGCAUCCAGGAGGCCAUGACCUCCCUGGUUGAUGACCUAGAUAAAACUUAUCUUCGUGGAAUGCAGAGAACAAUGCAUCUUUGUGCUGCUUCAUGCUGUGAGAAGAAGGAAAGCUCUGUGGACCAGGUGCACCGGUGUAUUGAGAAUUGCUCAACACCCCUCACUCAGGCACAGAGUUUUGUGCAGAAUGAGCUUUCGCAAUUUCAGGAGCGGUUACAGAGGUGUGUGAUGGUGUGUCAAGAUCGUGUAAAGGAUCAUGUUCAUGCUGAUGCCACUGAAACUCAGGAACUCCAACGCAACAGCACACUUUCCUUUGCCAACACAGCAGGAAGUGUGUUGCGUCAAGCAGCCUUGGGGAAAGAUGGAGUAUCAGCAUACAAAGCAGAAUUUGAAGGUUGUGCCAUGCAGUGUGUUGAUGAACACAUCCAGUUGAUGCCAUCUGUGAAGAAGAGGAUUGCUAGUAUCUUAGCAAAAAACUUAUAGAAAACCAUGACGUGGAUGUUUCUCAUGUGGUGCAUUAAGAAUGAUCUCAUGUUCCUGAUGACGUACGUGGGUGGCUCCUGGCUGUUGGUGACUCGGUGGCCAACUUGUGACCAUUAAUGCUAUGAAUUAUACCUAGCACUUCAUAUAGAUCCUAAUUUAAUAUUGUUCUGUUUUUUUUAGGAGUAUAUUUUCUUAGGCAGGUAUCUGUUACACAUCAUGUUUGUAUUAUUCCAACAUAGAACUAUUUUUUUGUUUUGUCAGAUCCGCCCAAAGCUGUAAAAUAUUAUUGUAAAUAACAUUUUUUAUUGACAAUGAA